AUGCCCAGCACUGUUACUUCAACAGCUUCAACUUGGGGAGGAAAAUCAUCAUCAUCAAGACUCAAUACCGAUUUAAAUGACCUUCUUGAUAGGUCCCAACAAUUAUUACCUGCUACCGAUAAUUUCAUUCAAAAGGAUUUGGAAUCUAUUCAUGAACAAUCCAAAAAGUUAAUUCAAAAAACUGCUCGCGGAGAUGCCCAAUCUAAAGGCGAUUAUUUGUUAGCAGCCAAUGGAUUUGAUGUAGAAAAGUAUAGAAGAUCCGUGAGUAGAUUAGACUUAAAACAAGCUUUUGAGCCUCUUGAGCCUAUCGGAGAGACUGAUAUUGAGGGAUACUUGAAACACGAACAUGAUAUGAUUUUAUUAUCAUCUAUUGAAGAAUCAAAACGUCAUACAAGUAAUUGUUUUUACAAAAACUUUAAUGAUUAUUUAGAAAAGGAUUGGGCUUUGGCUAAAGAUAACCUCAUCAAAACAUUGGAUUUACACAAAACUUAUCACGUUCAAGCCUUUAGACCAACAUCAACCUCUAUGAAUGAAUCUUUUCUUCGAACUACAGCAAGACUUACUCCUUCUUCUAGUAAUUUCAAUGUUCCUUCAACUCCAUUUACUCCAUUGGGACCAACACCAACACCUCACGGUACUCCACGAAGAGGAAAAACCAACAUGGAUGAGCGCAUGAUUGCGUACAGCAAAGUUAUUUAUGACUUUAAUACAAGCCUCAAGAAAGACACUCCAUUUGAACUGAUUAGACAAUUUUCUGAUGUGGCACAUUACAUUGAUGAGCCCAUUUCAAGGAAAAGAGAAGUCAUUGAAUGCUGGAAAUUACUUUCCUUCAUGAUUGACGAAAGUAGAAGCAGACAUAGCCAGUCAGACCUUUUAGAAGGAGCAAAAAGAUAUAUGGAGGUUUCGUAUGUUCAAUUUGUGAUGGAUACUCUUGAGCUACACGAAGAGGUUAAAGAUAAUUUAAGAUUAAUCAAGGCGUUUGUUUCUAAAACCCUAAAACAUGCUGAUGUAGACAAACUAGGAGAGUGUGUCGAUGGAGUUUAUAUUUGGCCUGUAUUGUUUUACUGUUUAAGAUGUGGAUUUUUGCCAGAAGCUCUUGAUUUUGCAAGAGAAUACAAUUCUGCAUUCCCCAUUCAAAUUAUUAACGCCUUGGAAAACAAGAUUAACACACAAACAGCAUCUAUUCAAGAUAUUGAAAAUCAGUUGAACGAAAAGUACAGAACCAUUCCUCCAACAGAGCUGUUCCGUCAUGCCGUUUACUUGGUUUUAGGAAGAUGUGAUGUUAAAAAGACUAUUCCACAAGUUUUCUCUAAAACUGAAGAUUUUAUGUGGUUGAAGCUAUCGAUUAUCAGAGAAGGUACCAAAUACACCCUGAAAGAGUUACAAACAGUCGUGAACAAUCACGGACCAAAACACUUCUGUCCAAAGAAGAACUCUCUUCUCUUUUUCAGAUUGCUAUUAUCUACUCUUCAAUUUGAAAAUGCAAUUGAAUAUUUAUGCAGCAGACAAAGUGAAGGUUAUCAUGUAGAGGCCGUACAUUUUGCAUAUGCUCUCUACUAUUAUAACCAACUGAGAACACCAAAAGAUCUCUCUGUUCCACUUUUAGUGGCCACUCCUCAGCCUCAACUUAAUUUCUAUUUCUUAAUUAGAGAUUACGUUAGAAUAUUUGCUCAUACUGAUCCAACAUAUGCAGCUUCUUACUUUUACAUUUUCUAUAAACGAUUGGAAAAAAGAGAAGAAAAAGAAGCUAUUUACUUUAGAUCGAUUAGAGACCUUAUUAUUGAAGGAAAAGAUAUUUCAGUAUUACUUGGACAAGUAGAGUCUAAUGAAACUGUUAAGAAGGGAUUUUUAGAAAAUUAUCUUUCGAGCUAUGACUUCUUGGCACUCCUGGAGAGCUGUGCAAAGGAAUACAAAGCAAUUGGUAGAUAUAGAGAUGCAGUAGAACUCUAUUUCAGAGCAUUGAAGUAUCACAUUUCUCUUUUGACAGACUUGUCUACUGAUUAUCAAGACAAAUCGACCGAAUAUCUUUAUUCUAUUCUCAACAUUAUGGUUGAUGAACUAAGCCAAGUUCUAUCUGGUGGAGAAAACAGAGACGAAGUCAAGCAAUCUGCACAAAAAGUUUUCGAGACCUUUACUGGAGAUAAUAUUAUUAUCAACAAAAUCAAUGAGUCAAGCAAGCUUUCGAGCGCACUCAGAACUUUCAAGAUUUUAGUUAAAUUAACAAAAGUAUUUGAUAGCUUUAUGAACAGAAAUUACGAAAGAACUCUAAGCGAGCUCAAAGAGUUGAAGAUUAUCCCAUUUGAACUCAGAGAAUUGGAAGAAAAGGUGCAAAAGUUUAAAGAACUGGAUUUCCAGAUCCAAAAGAAGAUUUCAGAUAUUUUAUUUGUAGCAAUGAGCACUUUGUGCCAUUUGUACAAUUCUCCCAAAACUUACACCGCUCAACAAAUCAAGGACAUGGCUUCAUGUGUCAUGAGUUUCGCAGGCGAAAACCAAAAUAUGAUCAGCAAAGAUGUUAAUUCUCACCUUAUAACAUUCCAAAAUAGAAUUGGUAAAUAA